GCGUGGUGUUUAUAGUUUCCCGCAUCGGAACCGUUCAGGCAGCAAAUUUUACGUUCGCUCCAUUUCCAUUCUAUAAUUUCUUCUCGCCAUUCAUGCGCGAUUGUGUGUAAAAAUUCUCGCGUAAUAAUCUCAAAGUGUGUAGUAUUUGCGCAUGGUCUUUGAACAAAACCGAAAAUACACAGGUGUAAUACGAAAUCAGUGGUGAAGUGUCGAGGUCAUUUCUGCCGACUUCAAAGUGUGACAAAAAAGACACGAGGAACAUCAUAAUAUUUACCUGGUCCAGCUCAGCAGCAUCAACCCCCACAUUUUGGACAUCCCCCCAGAAGGGCUUACGAGUCGAGAGUGUUUAUUGCGUUGGAGCAUUAAGAAGAUUAAUCAUAACUGUUUUCUCGGUCAACAUCUGCUGCGUGACUCUUCAGUGACGAGAAAUUUCGUCUAGUGCGAGACUAGUGACAAAAAUUAAACAUUCCGCUUCGAAUUGGUUCUGUUUUGGUCCAUUUUCGGUUGACAACAAGCGAGCGAAACGAGAGAGGAAGGAAGAAACCUAUCGCAUACGACAUACGACCGCAUAAGCGAAGCGAACAAAAACUCGUCGCGAGUUGCAUGUGCUUUUUUUGCGUCGAAUCGAAAUUGACUGGCUGCCGUUUCGUUUCGUCAAAAGUAAACAUUAGGGUUCCGUUUGUUUACCAUCCCGUUUCUGGAUAUCGAGAUAGUGACCGUGCGGAAGGAAGGACAGGUGCCUUCGAGGAGAAUCAAUACAAUACCAGAGUGAUACUUUAAUCCAGAACUCUGUUCCGGAUUGCACCCCGAGUCAUCGAUCUGUUCUGUGUGGUACAGCGCGGGUAAUCGUUUCGCUAAUGCUCGGCCUCAGUAGCAACAGCCCCUAGCGACUACUACUACAAUGACCGACAACAACAAUUUCCACCACAUCCCGCAGCACGUGUUGAAACAUGAGACGAUCCAGUCGUCGUCCUCAUCGCCGCCUCAGCAGCCCCAAUUCCAGGUGUACUAUCACCACCAGCCGGCGUCACAUGGACAGCCGCAUGGACCUCCGAAGGGUGCGAUAAAAAUGGUCGAAACCGUUCCCGCCGACCUUUCGGCUUCCAGUACCGGUUUGGACUACAGCACUCACCAUCACCACCCGCAGCAAAUCAUCGAGUACGACCCGGUCAGUGAUCCGAACCAUCCGGUAAAUGUGGUCAUUGAACAUCAGCAGGUGGUGGAAACGCAACCGACCAUUGAGCAACAGGAACAGAGCGUGAUAGAGGCUCUCUGUCAGCAAGCUCAUCAAAAUCGGUUACACCAAGAACAGCAGCAAAUAGCCAAGGGAAAACGGAUGCGAAUGGACAAUGUACAACAUGAAAAUGGAUCUGGUUAUCCAAGCGAAGACGAGGAUCAUGAAGAUCCUCGGAGAAAGCUCGUUAUCCAUCAGGGACCUGGCGGAGAAUCUAUCGAGGAGCAGGAGCAAAGUAUUAUCGAAGCGCUCUAUCAGCAACAGCAGCAGAACCAGCUCCGGAAGCAACUCAUCCAGCAUCAGCAGCACCACGAUGGUGAUCAUCAGCUGUCCUACCAGAGACGGUCGCCCAGCCCGCCGUCCAGGUCGCUUUCUCCCUCCCAAUCUCCGACCGUUUCGGGUACAACCGAUUCGCUCAGUUCUCGCAUCACACCCGCAUCUCAGCCCCCGCAACCGAUCUCGUUGGCCAACAUCAACCAGAGCAAUUUUAUCGCUCGGUUGAUCAGCAAGGACAACAUCCUGCUCAUCUCGGAGGACCUGAUCGAAAUCGGGCGGAACUCGUCCCGGGCGCAGGUGGAUUUCCACGUCGGCCGGAACAGUUUCGUGUCGCGGAAGCACCUGCUGUUGCACCAUGAUCACACGGAUGGGGAGUUCUACUUAUCGUGUUUGAGUAAAAAUGGUGUCUUCAUUGAUAACAUUUUCCACCGGAAAGGUGCCGAGCCGUAUUUGCUGCCCAGAGUUUGCAACAUACGUUUUCCAAGUACAAAUAUAAAGAUCCAGUUCGAGAACUUGUACCACAAAAACAACUCCGAUGGACCUCGUGACCUGCUGGACACCAGCUGCGGACCGUACGCUGCCAGCAGCAGUACGAUGCAACUCACCGGCAAUGGUCCCUCGAACAACAGCGAUAUGCAUCCCGCCUCUAUUUCCACAACAAGCAGCACCAGCAUGUACGCCCCGCUUAAGAUCUCCAUACCUCCCGAACCGCCCAGCUCGUCUUCGAUGGAACACAUGGAUUUGAGCGGCCGUAUCCGGGACAAUGGCAAGAGUCCGUACCCUUCGCCGACCGGUACCAUCAGUGCUGCCAACAGUUGUCCCACGAGUCCCCGCCAAGGAUAUCACGACUUUUCCGUCUACACGUCUGGCCAUAUUGGUCCAGUGGGCGGAAUACUCAGUCACGACCUCGGUGGACCAACCGGCGGCCACUUGGCUUCGAGCAGCAGCGGAGGCGGCGUCGGCAGCCACAGCUUUAACGAUUUCCAACCCCCGGCAACGUCGCAGUCGCUGGAGAACGAAAAACCGCCGUACAGCUACGCCCAACUGAUUGUGCAAUCGAUUUCCGCCUCCCCGGAGAAACAGCUAACGCUGUCCGGAAUCUACUCGUUCAUCUCGAAGAACUAUCCGUACUAUCGGAACGGAGCAAACAAGGGCUGGCAGAACUCCAUCCGGCACAAUCUAAGCUUGAACCGCUACUUCAUUAAGGUGCCCCGCUUGCAGGACGAACCGGGCAAGGGAAGUUUCUGGCGUAUCGAUCCCAACAGCGAGCUGAAGCUGAUAGACCAAAGCUACCGAAAGAGACGCCAGCGGGGAAGCCAGUGCUUCCGGACGCCGUACGGCAUGCCGAAAUCGGCCCCCGUUUCGCCCACUCCGAUGGAUCCGGAAAGCAGAGAAGGCUCACCGUUGCACGACAUGCUGCUCCAGUCGGCGCCUGGUUCGCCGGGACAGGUGGCGGCCAACGCGUAUGUUCACAGCAGCACCGGCACCAGUGUGGCAGGCCAUCCCGGGCAGGAAGAUUUUCUGGCAAAACAACCCACCAAACGAGUUCAUCCGGAGUCUGUUGGUCAAUUGUUCAAACAGCAUCAACCGCAACCUGUAGCAUCAACCGUAGUAGCAGCACCCACAACUUCAGCGGCCCCGGCGGCAGCUGCAGCUGAUCCAAACCACCUGUAGACAGGCAGAGGCACGAUCGCAAUCGCAGUGAGAUUUUCCAUCACCUAUUUCCGUUUCCAUUCAUACCGCGUAAGGCAAAAAUGGGGAAACAACUUUUAUUGAUCAUAUGAGUAUGUACACAUAUUUUAGUGUUACUACCAACACACAUUAUAAUAAAAUUGUAGGUAAAAUCAAAAUACGAACAAAACCGCUAAUGUGUUCGUAUUAAUAUAUAAAUUGUUGAUAAGCAUAAACACUGGGAAUACAACACAAAAAACAACUUGAAUAACAUUAAAUACAAAAGCAAACAAGUCGAAAGAAAAAAUGUUGUAACAAAACAACCUAGUUUGUAAGAGUUUUGACUAAUGCAGAAAUUAUUCUAUUUAGUAGAAGUGCUUGUUGUACCAUGUCGAUGUCGUCGUCGUCGUUUUUAGCUAAAUAAGCCUAAGGUGUUUCCUCCUAGGUUCUCUCUCUGCGCGUUGCGUUUGCUGAGAUCUAAUUUCGGGUCAGGAACUCUAAGACGUUUGACCAAAUACCGAUCCCUACGCUCCGAUUUCCUCUCGAUUGUUGUUUCCAAGAGAGCAACCGUUAAGCGUAAGGAUUCUAGUUGGUAAUGUCCUGUAUCCUCCAGGAAGCUAUGAUCAAGCGGACAAACGAUGUCUAAUUCAGGUACUCAGCGGAAUUGAUGGCAUGUGCUACGUAAUAAAUGGUUAAUUGAUGUUCAUGACUUGAACCAAAAUUCUCAACUUUUCUCUAGAAACGAAAAGUAGCAAAAGAGUGCGACACAACCAGCCAAACCAUUGAAGCAUAUUAACGAUCGAACAAAAUGUUUUAAGUAAGCCAGAGGAACAAUAGUGAAGAGAGAACAUUGCAGGAGGUACGAACAGAACUCACAGACAGUAGACCCAUAAACACACAUACACACAACACAUAAAGAAACAAACAAACUCACUCACACAUACAUUGGAUCAUUUUUUGAUUGUUAUUAAAGCUCUGUUGGGUUCGUGAA